AUGCCCAUCGAAGUGCAGCUCAUCAUCGAUGAGCAACUCUCCAAAAGGCGGGACCUUCACGCUAUGACGCUCGUCAAUAGAUACUUCGCAAACCUAUACCAGCCCCUCUUGUACAAAGAAGUCGACGUCGGAUGGAGUCCAAAGGAACCUUCUCCUCUGACCCUGGCGACACGCACUCUUCUGGACAGACCCGAUUUGUCCGCCUGCGUUGAGAGUCUUCGCCUUGACGGAUAUGAUUUCCCAGAAAGAAAGCCCAAAGGCAUCUCAACCUUCUCUGUCACUAGCCUAAAUACGUCCAAGGCUGCCGGCAUUAUCAAUUGCACUGGAGCAGACUUUGCAGAUAUGUGGGCUCAGGGCGUCUCGGAUGGUGAGGUCGGUGCUCUCGUCGCACUCCUUGUUGCAAUCGUGCCCAAUGUCAAAGAUAUAUAUCUCGGAACGGACUUUUGCAUCGAAGUUCUUUUCCUUACCCUGAUGCUGGAUCGUAAGGAACAAAACAAGCUCAACGUCAAUCUUCCUGCUCUGGAACAUCUCACCAAUGUCACAUUGGAGAACCACUACGCAGACUUAUUCGACGAAGAGAUUAUCGCCAAUGGGGGUGUUCUCAACUUCUUCAAUCUUCCCCAACUGGAAAGUCUUUCUAUGGCCGUUUCACCUAUAUCGGUGCGGCCCUGGGGACCAGACGAGCGGUUCCAGCAGAUGACGAACCUCACCUUUCUCCAUUUGUCGAGGGCGAGCGAAGAGCAACUUGGAGCCAUCCUCUCACUAACCCCCAAAAUCGCCCAUCUGAAAUGGUCAUGCUACUGGUGUCCAAAAGAGGAGUACACAGAGGUGCUCAGGACUACCGUUGAUCUAGAUAAACUGCGUACAGCCUUGUCAACGCGCAAAGAAACCCUUCAGUACCUGACAUUGGAGGUCAUCGACGAUACUGGUGAAAUCCCCGAGGUAAUCUGGCCAAUGGAACUUACGGGCACAUCGCUCAGGCUGACAGACUUCGCCAAUCUAGUAAGCCUGACAGUCCCUUGGGUUUUGCUAAUGGGAUGGUGUCCCCAAGACUCAAAACCUCUGAUCAACAAACUGCCGAUGAAUCUUGCAAGUCUCACUCUCACAGACAACAUGUGCUACCAGCAAUACUGGCGAUGGACCGAGGAGGAUAUCAAAGACCUCGUGUCGGACUUUGUGGCCCAGCACCUCAGCGCGCCGACGACCUGUCUUCGGGAGCUCUCCUUGGCGGGUGCUGUUUUUGACUACCAAUGGGCGACUGGGGAGCGCGAGUUUAUCCGCAAGUGGUGUGAGAUGGCAGGCAUCGAAUUCAACAUCCAUCCUACUACACCCUGGGAGGAUGAAGCGGACGAGGCGAUCAAGGAGCGCAAGCGCCGUUACGGUUGA